AUGGCGACGGAAGCAUCGGACGUGGACGACCUGGUGGAUGUCUGCAUCAUAGGCGCCGGCCUGGCGGCUCUGACGGCAGCGGAACGUCUGAGAUCCGCCGGUCUUCGAUGCACGUUGCUCGAAGGUGCCAGUGCACCUGGAGGACGAUUGCGUGGACGUGACUUUUGUGGUCGCUGGGUGGAGGAAGGAGCCAACUGGGUGCAAGGCUUGGGCCAGAAUCCCAUUUGGAGGAGAGUUCAGGAGCGUGGGUUGCAAGGGCGCUUAGAAGAAGAUGAUGCAGAGGUGGAAGGGAGGAUGCAACUUCGUGGCUUGGGAGCGGCUGGACCGGAAGAUCUGACCAAAGAAGCUUUGAAGCGCUUCAAGGCUUUUGAGGAAGCCAUGGAUCGUGUAGAGGAGGGUGACAGUGAUGGAGAAGACCUGGAUUUGGCUCAUGCACUGGCAGAAGGAGGUGCAACACUCAUGGCUUGGGCUCAAACGGCUUUCACCGAGAAUCACCACCUGGGCACAUCCAGAGGUUUUGGUGAUUUCUUAAACUCUUUUGGUGCUCUCACUCAGCCUGCUGGUUUUCUUGCGUUUCGCCUCCGCCUGGCCUCGCGUUUUGGUUAUCCGGAGGAAGGUUCCUCGCGUGAGGGCUCACGCGCCACGCGAGGCUGGACUCCGAAAGAUGCCAUGGACCUGGCGGUGGAGUACGUCGAGGUGGACUUCGAAUAUGGGGAGAGCCAGGGAGCUCAGGAGCGGAGAGGCUUCCCUUGCGGGUGA